UAUCACUAGGAUGUUGAAGUCAGGCCAAAGGAAGCAGAUCAGACCUGCACACUCAACUUCCUCUCGUCUAUGCAAUCAGCAGUGUACUGAAUCAACCAAAGGUUUGGGGUUACUCCUGCAUGGACAACUUGCUUGAAGUGUGGCUGUAUGAAUUUCUUAUUUCCAAAUAUUCGUGAACGUAUAUUUGUUUCUCUUUAGCGUUGGCAUGUCAGUAAGCAAUGAUGUACUUUGCUGUCAACAUGAGAGUUAAACGUUAACCAUGUAGGAGUACAGAGUGCAGUGUAUUGUGGUGCACUGGCAGACUGCAUUUGCCUGCAACAUGACCCCAACUGGAAAAAAUGCUGAGCAAACCAGUAUGCAUUAAUGAUUUUGAGCAACAUGCAAAGAACAUUCUUCCUAAAGCAGUGUAUGAUUAUUACCGUUCAGGAGCAGAUGAACAACAAACAUUAAUGGACAACGUGGCUGCUUUCUCAAGAUGGAGUCUACGCCCUCGUGUGCUCAGAGAUGUGUCAAAAGUAGAUUUAUCGGUGACUUUCUUGGGUCAGAGAUUUAACAUGCCCAUUUGUGUUUCUGCCACUGCCAUGCAAAGGAUGGCACACCCAGAAGGCGAAGUGGCGACAGUGAGAGCCUGUGAAAGUCUCGGCACAGGGAUGAUGCUCAGCACCUGGGCCACCUCCAGCAUUGAGGAAGUGGCUGAGGCAGCGCCCGACGCAGUCCGUUGGCUGCAGUUGUACAUCUACAAGGAUCGGGAACUGACCCAAUCCCUGGUGAGGAGAGCUGAGAAGGCUGGCUACUGUGGUGUCUUCCUAACCGUGGAUACUCCCUGCCUGGGGAAACGUUUGGCGGAUGUGCGGAACAAGUUCAAACUGCCCCCUCACUUGAGGAUGGCAAACUUUGAGACACUUGAUCUGGCAUUUUCCAAAAAGCACUAUGGAGAUGACAGUGGAUUGGCUGUGUACACAGCUGAUGCUAUUGACCCCUCUAUAAAAUGGGAGGAUAUUGACUGGUUGCGAGAGCUGACUCAGCUGCCCAUCGUUCUCAAAGGCGUCUUGAGAGCUGAUGAUGCCAGAGAAGCUGUUAAGCAUGGGAUUGACGGGAUACUUGUAUCAAACCAUGGAGCGAGGCAAUUGGAUUGUGUGCCAGCUACUAUUGAUGCCCUCACUGAGAUCACAGAUGCUGUGGGAGGGAAGGUUGAAGUCUUCCUGGAUGGUGGAGUGCGGAAGGGCACUGAUGUGCUGAAGGCUCUUGCAUUGGGCGCCAAGGCUGUGUUUUUGGGAAGACCAAUCCUCUGGGGCUUGGCAUACCAGGGGGAAGAAGGUGUUUGUGACGUUCUACAGAUGCUGAAGGAUGAAUUCAAGUUAUCAUUGGCUCUUGCAGGGUGUCGCAGUGUGAAAGAAAUUGACAAAUCUCUUGUGAAAAGGAAUCUCUGGGCAACGUCUCGUGUCUGAGGACCCUCACUGCUUUAAAGUCAAGAUGGAGUCAUCAACGACCAUUCAGAGCAUUUUCAAGAAUUCUCUAAGCAGAAUUUUGAUUCACCAUAAUACUUUGUUUGAAAUUAUUGUCACCAUGAAAACGGCCAAACGUUUGUUAAUCCUUCAGUGAUAGUGCUCCAAUGUACUGCACAAUUUACUGUUUGAAAAAGAGACACAUUUUGAUAUAUUUCUAGGUUCAAAUUAGACACCAACACUGUUUGAGGGAUUGGAUAUGUCAGAUAGCUAUCUCAAUCAUUGUGAGUGCAAUUGUACCCUUUUUGUAUUUUGUUCCAAAGUUAUCCUUUCAGAGAAUGUGGGCGUCACUGGCUGGGCUAUCAUUUCAUACUCAUUCCGAGCUGCCCUUGAGAAGGUAAUACUGAGCUGCCUUCUUGGGUCACAGCAAUCCCAUGUGAUGUUGGAACACUCAGCAUGCUGUUAAGGGAUAGAGUUCCGCUAUCGUGAUCCAUUGAUGCUGAAGAAGCUUCUUACACACUGAUAUAUUUCCAGUUCAGGACAGCGUCUGUUUUAGAGGGAAACAUGAGAGAGCCAGGAAAUAGUUACAUCCCAGCGUUUUCUGAAUUCAUCUUUGCCAGCAUCAAAUUACUUAGAAUAAACCCAAAAUUAAUAAACAAACAAGUGACAAAUUCGAAGGUCUUCGAUUUUCUCAGAUUGGCAAAGGCAGAAGUAAGAGGAAGAGAUAGUAUGAACUGCUGAUGCUGGAGUCAGAGAUAACACAGCGUAGGGCUGGAGGAACACAGCAGGCCAGGCAGCAUCAGAGGAGCAGGAGCAAUAUCGGCCCAGCAUUUCUGAGGAAGGGUCCCAACUCAAAACAUCAGCUUUCCGGCUCCUCCGAUAUUGCAUGGCCUGCUGUGUUCCUCCAGCUCCACACUGAUUUAUAGUGAGAGGGAAGGUCGAUUUAUAUCAUUCUUGCCCCAUCUCUCAAAGUGCUUUACAUGGGAGGAUUUAUUGUGCCCAGUCCUUAUUACUAAAAACAAAACCAGAAAUUGUUGGAAAAGAUCAGCAGAGCUGGCAGUAUCUGAGGAGAGAAAUCAGAGUUAACGUUUCAGGUCCAGAACAGUUCUGCUAUUCCUUCUUCUUAGGAUUAAUUUUCCCUAUUAUUCAGUUUUAGUUGUUUUAAAUGUAGAAAUAAAUGUACAAACAUACGAGUUUGGAGCAGAAUUUGGCCCUUCAGUCCUUCAAUUCACUUCACCAUUCCAUGAGAUCACAGCUGAUCUGCUGGUAUUCCAAAUUCUACAUUCCUCUAUCUCCACUAACACUUCAGGCCUCAUGGGUCUUUGUCAGAGCUGGAAACUUUUUUCCUUAAACAGCAAUCUGCAGUCCAGGCACACCUCACUCCACCGCAUCAUUCCUACUUUGUGUGAAAUCCAUUAAGCAGAAACUGACGCGUGGAGAAAUUUGCAGAGACAGAGAGAAAGGUUGAGAGUUGAAAAUGAUUAGAUAAUAGACAGGAGAUGAAUGCAAGAUUGGAUAAUGUUGUAAGGCAAAAGCAGGGGUUUUAAUGGAAAAAGAUGACAAAUAUCAGUUGACAUCUGGAGUGUUCAAGAUAUUUUCUACUCAACCUAGUAUGUGUCUCUGGAGACUAGAGAAAUAUGAACCCAGGACUUCUGCCUCAGAGGCAGCGACACUAUCACUGUAUUGAAAGAGGCCUCUCUCAACAUUAAAGGUAUUUUCUAAUCAACCUGUUCAGUGAUUCUGUUAUCGACCCCUGGAGGAAGGUGGAACUUGAACACAGGGCUCCUGGUUCAAAGGUACGAACACUAGCACUGCACAGCAAGACCCCCAUUUUGAGUCUUUUAUUUUUUAAAAUAACUUUUCUCGACCUAUCCUUUUGAUUCUUUUCACCAACUUAAAUAGCCUUAACAUUUCAAAUAUCCUUUAAUCUUAGAUAAUUCCAGAGUGCUUUUUAAUCAAGCUUGAUAUUUCUAUUCAACCUGUUCUGAGAUGUUAUUACACACCUUUGGAGCAUAUGAACUUGAGCCCAGAUUUCUUGACUCAGAGGCAAGGAUACUACCGCAGUGCAACAAGAAUCCUCUCUAGAGUGUGUAAGCUGUUUUUCUAAUCAAACCUGUUCAGAGCUGUCAUUAUACACUUCUGGAGAAGGUUUGACUUGAAUCCAGGCCUCCUGUUCCAUGGAGAGGGACACUACCGCUGUACCAUAAGAGGGCCAAGAAAUGAAGGAAAGAAGUGCCAUCUUGUGUGUUUAAUUGUUCUGUGCCCGAUUCAGUGAGUUUGCUGACUGAUUGACCCUCAUAGUGCUUGAUUGGUUGAGCCUGGGCGUUGAUUUGGACCAAUGCAAACAAUUUUCAGACUGAUCGUAUUUUUUGUAAAUUUUAGUCUUCCGGACUCACUUCUUAUUUCUAAUCUCUGUAUAUGUGUUUUGUAUAAUUAUUCUUCUCGAGUUUCGUAGCUAAUAAACUUGCUCUUUUUUUCUUAA